UCGGAUGGUUUCGUCUUGUACCGUUCUGAGAGAUAAUUUCCCCACUACGCCCGGUUCAUCACAUAUCCCGACCGUCGGACCGCGUCGACGGUCUUUUGCGGCGAAAUAAGACGUCGUUGCUGAGUAAUAUCAUGCCAUGCUAGACUACACGUGACUUGUGUGGUUCUCGGCGCUGAACUUGGGCGGCCGGAACUUACCGAUUUUUCGUCACCGGGAUUCCGAAAACUCCGGUUUAAAAGGUGCAUCCGACACGCGGAACUGCACACAAACUCAAAAGUCACGACACAACAUACUUCAUACGAUGAACUCAAACGCUAUUGACACUCUCUCAUCACCGCUGAAGUUGCGAUGUGGGCUGGUGUUGCCCAACCGGUUGGUGAAGGCGCCAAUGGCCGAGAACAUGGCCAUCCCUUCAGAGGACAACCUGCCCAACGACAAGCAUUUAGCCGUGUACAGAGCCUGGAGCGAGGGCGAGUACGGGAUGUUGAUUACUGGCAAUGUCGAAGUCGACCCACGCUAUCUCGGCAUUCCCGGCGAUAUCUCCGUGCUCCCUUCCGCCUUAGACACGCCGCUCGCGCUCUCCCGCUGGACAGCCUGGGCAACAGCCGCGCAAGCCUCCGGCACCCCGACGAUUGUACAACUGAACCACCCGGGGCGACAAAGCCACCCCUUCUCCGGCACGCGCUCUUUCUUCUCCAAGAACAUUGCGCCGAGCGCGCUGCCCCUGGAGUUUCCCGGAAGCUGUGUGGACCGGCUUGCGGGGAAGAUCAUCCUCGGCACGCCGAAGGCGAUGACGGUGGCAGAAAUCGAUACACUGGUGGACCAGUUCACGCUCGCCGCGAAGCUGUCAAAAGCGGCGGGAUUCAAGGGUGUGCAGAUUCAUGCCGCGCACGGAUACCUACUCACACAGUUCCUGUCGCCGAAGAUCAAUCGUCGCGCCGACGCCUUCGGUGGUAGCGCCGCCGCGCGCCUCUCGCUACUCCUCCGUAUUAUCGCGUCCGUCCGCGCCGCUACCUCUAAGGAGUUCUGCAUAGCCAUCAAGCUCAACUCCGCGGAUUUCGCGACGAUGGGACUGGAAGAGGAGGAGGUUCUCCACCAAGUCGAGGAGAUAUCGAAGGCGGGUGUGGAUCUGAUAGAGAUCAGCGGAGGCACUUACGAAAAACCCUUGAUGGGAGCUUCUCGCGAAGGCCCAGCGCCGCCUAGACAAUCAACGGUGGCCAGGGAAGCUUACUUCGCUGCGUUCGCGGCCAAAGCCCGCGUGGCCGCUGGGAAGGAUGUGGCGAUAAUGCUCAGCGGCGGCUUCCGGUCGCGGCUAGGUAUGGCCGGGACCAUCACCGACGGCUCUUGUGAUCUGAUCGGUCUUGCAAGACCUACCUGCCUCGAGCCGCAACUUCCCAAGUCAAAACUACUUGCGAAAGAGGUCACAGAUGAGGAUGCGGUGGUGAAGAGUUUCAAGAUUGUGGGAGGCUGGUGGAUGAAGUGGGUCCCGGUGGUAGGGUUGAGGGCCGAGACGGCAUGGCAUGAGGGACAGAUCAAACGCAUCGCAGCGGGAAAGGAGCCGGAUGGAGACUUGGCGUUGGGACUGGGAGGUCUGAUGUGAGGUUUUUGGCCUCGAGGGAUAGAUUAGACAGUUCGAAAUAGCCGGGAUAGAUACAAAACUAUGUGGAUCGCGAUCGGAUAACCCAUGCCAAUCUCGGGAAGAUCAGUUUAGUUUCGACCA